AUGGCCACGACGCCCCGCGCUGGCGCGUACACGCUCGUCCCCCAUGACGAUGGCGAGCAGGUCUGGGCUCACUUCGGCGUCGAGCAACCCUACGGAGCAUCUUGUGGUAUCACUCUCAGUCCCGAUUUGCAUGCGAUGUACGAGCGCUACGCCUUUUCCUUCUACCCCAGCGGAGUAAGUGUCUUCAGCUCUCUCACUCUCCUGUUUGCUCCUGCUGCUCCCCCUGGCGAUCCCGCUUCCGGCCGCCGGCCCACAGAACGGCCGAUAUACUCUGCAUUUUUUUGAACCGCAGUGCGACAUUUACCACUGCUUCCAUGGGAAGGAGAUCUCUCGCGACGCGUUCCACACCGUCGAUGAUUAUGAAAUUCCCUUCGACGAAUAUUUCCGUUAG